GUCUUAUGUUCCAUAACCCUGUGUGUAUUCUAGUGUAGGAAGCUUUAUGUUAUCUCACCGUGAUCUGAAUUUCGGAGCGACAUUUGACAGCGAGGUCUGCGAGGCCGUUUCCUUGAUAACGGACGAGGCUUCACCAGACCUCUUAUGAAAAAUAAGUGAUUCAGAAUAAAUUGAAAAAUGAAGACUCUGAUGGUGUUUGAUUUUGACCACACAGUGGUGGAUGACAACAGUGACACUUGGGUGUUAAGAUGUCUGCCUGGCGAGGCGCUUCCUGACUCUGUGAAGAAAUCCUACAGAAAAGGUCAUUGGACUGAGUUCAUGGGCAGAGUGAUGAAAUACAUUGGGGACCAGGAUGUCAGCCCAGACAGGGUCCGCAGUGUGAUGGAGACCAUCCCCUUUACAGCAGGAAUGACAGACUUGCUGACUUUAAUACUGGAGAAUAAGAGCAGCAUCGACUGCAUCGUCAUCUCGGACUCCAACGCCCUGUUCAUUGAUUGGAUCCUCCAGGCGUCAGGACUCCAGGCAGCUGUCGAUCAGGUCUUCACCAACCCAGCUAAGUUCAACGAGCUUGGGUACAUGGAGGUGCAGUACUGCCACUCUCACGACUGCACACAAUGCCCCGUAAACCUGUGCAAGAGGAGAGUCCUGGAGCUGUACCUGUCCGAGAGGUCUGACGGAGGUGUGAGCUACGAGCGGAUAUAUUACGUGGGGGACGGUGGGAAUGACCUCUGUCCCACUUUCUGUCUGCGAGGGAACGAUGUGGUGAUGCCCAGGAAAGGCUACACCCUGGAGAAACUGCUGUCCAGACUGGAGAGUCAGAAAGAUGACAAUUCUCUGAGAGCUAAAGUCAUCGCCUGGAGCAGCGGCACAGAGAUCCUCGAGGAACUGAAAGCCAGCAUGUAGCCUUCAUGAGAGCGUGGAGUUCAAAAUGAAAAGCAUUCAAUUCUAACUCAAAUAUUGCGCUAAUUCAAAUCAUGAGACUUUGCAUGUGAGGGCAAUGCUGCUCCUUUAAAUUCUGAAAAAACACACAAGUCAGUGUUUUUUUAAUUUCCAUUUUUUUAAGUUGUGCUUAAUUAUUUUGAUCACUUUUCCUUUAACUUUAACCGUUUGUUGUUUAAUUCUUUUAAAAUUCAACUCAAAGCCCUAAACAUGUGUUUUUUUUACCUGAAGCUAUAAUCAAGGCUGUUGUUUUAAUAGUAAGAAGGAGAAAGGGAAUCGAUGCAUCUCAGCCUUAUUACAUCAUAAACACUCAGUUUUUACAUGUGCACUAAUGUAAGACUUGUAGGGUCUUUGUUGCACGUCUGAAAGACGCCAGUUACAAAGUGCUUCACCGUCCAAUAAAAAUAAAAACACCAACCAUGAUAACCACCGAAUAAAAUAUACAAAAUAAAACACCAGGUCAAAUAGACAAGGGGAACAGAAACGCUCGCCUGAUGGCUUUCACGAUGCAUUUGAAGUUUCGGCCCUUUAUUCUGAGACAUAUCCAAGGUACACUGAAAACACCCUGGGGUCAUGACGAUGACCAUCGUCCAAACGAUGAAGUGGAGGCUGGCCAUUUUACAUAAAAACAUGUCUCUGUUUAGGUGUUUUUAUCUUUACCUGAAAGUCAGACAGUACAUAUACAGAACAUGUAUUUUGAUGAACUCCUUGAUUUGAGAGAGUUUGAUUCUUCAUUGUUAUUAUUAUUUUGUUCUUCAUUGAUUGUAUCUUGUUUGUGGUGCUCAGCGGUGCUUUGUGAACACGCCUGUGCUUCAAUGACUUGAACUAUUUCACAUCUCAGGUUUACAUUUUGUUUUUGUACAUUUGAUGCUCUGUUUAUCCUUUGAACCAGGUUUUGAAUAACUUCCUCACUCUUAACUCUGAGUUGGCAUGAAUGGCAUUAACCUUCCCUUUCUUUCUUUAUCUUUUAAAGGAGCAAUAUGUAACUCUGACACCCAGUGUUUAAAAUGGGUACUGCAGUCCACAUUCAAAACAUUAGGGAGAGACCUGUCUCUCCUCCUUAGAGUUGACGUGCAUGCAGGUUGCCAUAUCGAGACACUGAAGCUUCAGUGUUUAGCCAGCUCGGUCUGAAACAUUUCUGCGUUCUAACCUCUCCAUUUUUCAAAAGCAUCUCCAAUAUUGAUCCUAGUGUUACCACGUUUCUGCUCGUGGAGCUUAUUAGAAACAUGCAGAGGCUUUUUAGGGCGAGUAGAAUCAGUUAUAUCUGAACCAGUUUGCUUUCCCGUCUCCAACACCCGUUGGUUUGACUCGUAAACUGAGGGGUGUCCAAAACAGAUAUGUGGGGUGCCGUAAAACCUCCUACCUUCUCUGGUCAAAACAAAAACAGAUAAUUCAGGAGCAGAAUCUAAAGUUAGAAGGAGGACAUACUGGCUGCUGCAUUGUUGUCAGAGAAGCCAGCACUUCAACAUAGCAUGUUUCCUUAAUGUCUGAUCAUACAGUAAAGUUCAUUUAAGAUACAUUCAGUAGAUAUCUUUACUGUUCCUUUAAGCUACAUGUCUUUUUUUUCAAAACUACAAUACCAUCCAGUUAAAAUGGCUUUCAUGGAUACUUUACUUGCAAACACAGCAGCACCGUUUAUAAAUUGAUCUAAGCUCCGCUUGUUAUGGAAGGUUUCAGAUUUGAUGAAUUUUUGUUUUUCAAAAAACAAGGUAACCCGGGACAUCCGCCAUGUUUCUCAUUACAAAGUGUUGUUACCAGGACAGAGGAUUUAGGUCCAAGCUUUGGUGUUCAUGAAAGUCAGAAUGCACUCAGAUUUUGUUUGACACUGCCAUAUACAACAUGUGAAAUAUAUUUUUUGAAAUAAAUUCAUAUUCUUGUAAUUUAAAUGAUGAAAUUACAACCUGAAACCUC